UCUUCUUAAUUUGCAGUUUUGUUUUUUGUUGCGCCUCUGAGCAGAGCUGAGUCAGUGUCGCCAUGUCUGGCCGCGGCAAGCAAGGUGGCAAGGCGAGAGCCAAGGCGAAAUCGCGAUCCUCCCGCGCUGGCCUCCAGUUCCCCGUCGGCCGCGUACACCGCCUGCUCCGAAAAGGGAACUAUGCGGAGCGGGUCGGCGCGGGAGCCCCCGUUUACCUGGCCGCAGUGCUGGAGUACCUCACAGCUGAAAUACUGGAGCUGGCCGGCAACGCUGCCCGGGACAACAAGAAAACGAGGAUCAUUCCCCGUCACCUCCAGCUGGCGGUUCGCAACGAUGAAGAAUUGAACAAGCUGUUGGGAGGCGUCACUAUUGCCCAGGGUGGAGUCUUGCCCAAUAUCCAGGCUGUUCUGCUUCCCAAGAAGACAGAGAGCCACAAGCCCAAAGGCAAAUGAGGAUGCGGGCUCUUUCUCCUAA